AUGAAGAAGCGUGUCCGCAAGUCCAUCACAGGAAAAUCGACUUCUCGCAAACGCCGGAAAUCCCAAUUCAGCACGCGAUACCCUCAACCCGACGAGCGGGAACACCUGGCGGCCACUUUCGAGAGAUUCAUAGAAGCAGGCAAGGACAGUUGGCCCGUCGACGAAGUGGUGAACCACCGCCGCGGCCCCAGAAAUACUUUGCGGUACCUCGUGAAGUGGGUCGAUCAUCCCGAGACUGGCGAGGUCUAUAAACCAACCUGGGUAUCGGGAGACGGAGUCACAACCGAUCUGGUCGAAGCCUACUGGGCAGGAAAGAACGCAAGGAGCAGGGAGAUCGCAGAGAGUAGGGAGGGCUCAGAGAGUCGAGAGCACGCCGAGAGUGAAACGAUCGUGGGAAGCAACAACGAAGUCAGACGCUCGCCGCGACAGACAACUAGUCCGGCCGGGAAACAGCUCGAGAAUCGGACACCAAGACAAACAAGUGCGCCUUGUUCGCUUGCGGACUCGUCAAGCGAACCACAGUCCCAGUGGGGACAAGCAAGAAUUGUCACUCGGAGUCUUUCGAACACAGAGGCUUCUAUUUCCCCUUCGUCAAGAAGCGAUCAAAGCAAAGUCGCCGUCGACACUAUUACAUUAGCGCAAAGAGGGCACUGUUCAGAGGCUAGCUCUGAUAGAUCUUUGGAGCCAUCACCUCCGCCAGGAUCAACGCCGGAACCACAGCUAGAAGAGCGUGAGUUCGAGUUCGAACCCGGGCCUGUGUCAAUAUCGGAAACAGACUUGGAGCUAGACCCAAAGCCAACACCAGGACCAGAGUCUGGGUCUGAAUCAGAGCGAGAAUCUCCUCCAGAUUUAGGGUCGGAGCCAGACCCAAAGCCAACACCAGUACCAGAUUCUGGGUCCGAAUCAGAGCGAGCAUCUCCUCCAGAUUUAGGGUCGGAAACUGAUCCAGAAUCUGUCAUAGCAUUAGAGCAGGAAGGAGAGCUAGAGACAAGCUCAAGGCCGGAAUCCGAGUUCUCAACUCCGCCAGAUCCAAUUUCAGAGCCAGAACGAGAAUCAACCAGAAGCCCCAGUCGAUCGCACAGCAACCAAGCAACCGAAUUCCACGCACCUAUAUCGCAGCACUCUUCCCGCAGACCUAGUUAUUCCUUAAUUACCCCCACUCCCCCGUUGGAGGGUUUGCAACAAGAGCGUCAGCGUGGGCCAGCGCUCGACUCAACGCGGCCUCGAAGACUUCCUGCUAGACAGACCGAAGAGCCGCACGCACCAACUAGUGCUGCAUCUCCAUCGCGACGGAGACAAUACCGAGCGUCCUCUGAGCCGCCUGCUGCUGAUAACGCCUUCGCCGAAGAAUCAAGUGUCAAUUUUGCCGGUUCAUCUUCGACUCUGGUUCCAGGAAGCUCGGAGUUUCACUCGCCCGGUUUUCUGCCGCAAGAACGCAGUCCAUCCACAGAGAAAUCCCGGCGUUUCUUCAACCCCACGUAUAGACCUACCUUUGUGGCAGCAGCACUUCUUGCUGCAAGAUCAAGAUUUGACUUAAGUUCCUUUUCUUACCUAAUGGACCCCUCGGUCGACCCGAUUGUUGGCCUACCGGGAAUGCAACCCCUUGAGCCGGGAAGUGUUCCUAGCGGAGCGGCCGAAAUGUCGUUUUUUGAUGUUAGUGCGCUGCCAAUUCAAAACUCCAUAGAGGAAGAAGAACAAACAUCCAACGGGGAGCAGUUCUCGUCGGAUUCCAAGGCAAGCUCGAGUCAGCAAUCUGUCGAAAACGAACGGGAUGUGCCUCAAGUGGCUGGACUCGUUCCCCCUAGCCUUCCUAUUCUUGGCCCGGCAGAAUACGCGUUGGCGCUUCCCUGCGAGGGCAAGAUACAGUCAAUCUACUCGGACAUUAUCAAAGACAAGGAAAAGUCCAUCAAGAAGUUUCUUAGUAGACACGAAUCCGUGGGUUCUUCAAACGGGUCUCCUGCUCGGACCCAAGAAAGAAACGAAAUGAAUGAACUGGUCCAGCGUCUACACGACACUGUCACGCACAUGGAUCUCGGCUUACCUGGAAUACCUACUCAGUAUCCUGACGAAUCGCAGGAACAUGCGGCUUAUGCAAACUAUGCCGGCUCGAAAUUCUCCUUUCUUGGACAUCUUGUUGAACUGUUCAAGAACAUCGGGUGCUCGAUAAUUAUCAUGGCUCGAGAAGGACCAAUACAAGAUCUGCUUGAGGGUUACCUUAAGAUGAAGCACGUCGCAGUGAAGCGCCAGGACCGAAUGGCUCGUUCGAAGUCAGCAACCCCAGAUCGGAUUAUUACUGAUUUCCAGGUUGAACUGCUGAGCACCGGGUCGACGCAUCAAGUAGCCAUCUACAGCAGGCCUAUCUUGAUGAUUGCCUUUGAUUCUUCUUUCGACUCUCAAGAUCCUCAGGUUGCACGAAUCCGCUCGCAUUUUUCUGAAAAGCGUCCUUCACUCCUGCCUGUACUUCAUCUACUGGUUGCAAACUCGUCCGAACACGUCGAACGCUGUCUACCAAGGAGCAUGCCAUCGACUGUGAAGCUGAAAGCGCUGGUUCGAGCUACUUAUCAAGCUUGGCCAAAUCUGGGGGGAAAGCCGACCUAUUUACCACGUCCGACAGAUCAACCAGAGGGCAGACCCAUGGAUGUUUCCGACCUCCAGCGGGGCAUUAGAAAGAGCCCUGAGCGGAAGCUUGCGAAGCUUGCCAGUAUAGUUCUGCAGGCCGCUAUCUCACCAGACUUUGAUAAAAACUGGAGCCUGAGUCUAAUGCCCGAGCUCCAGUUGACAGAGUAUGCGGAGACGCCCGCGAAACGCAGCGGGGUGACCACCAGGGCUGAGACGCCAAGGGAGGCUUUGGCUCGAUCUAGGACCCCCCUGUCACGUUCCGGCACUCCAUCGGGCAAGAAGCGCUUGCUGGAUGUCGACGGUUUCCUCCCCGCGCUGCAAAAGCGACAACGUCUCACGCCUCUUCGAGAUUCGGCCGAGGCGAGCAACAAAAUUGAUACGACCUACCAAGUUGCACAACUUCAGGAUCAGAUCAAGAAGCUGGAGGCAGAGCUGGGAAUGGAAAGGGUGGGGCGACAAAAUGCAGAGCAGGAUAGAGAGAAUGCACACGAACAGCUGGCGCAGUGGAAACAAGACCAUGCUGGUCUGCAACGCCGUUACGAGAAACGAAUGACGAAAUGUCACGAACUGGAACGUCAAAACAAGAACAUCUUGAAAACCAUUGAAAGUAAUAAAACAAGAAACGAAAAAUUUGCAGAGGACAAUCUCGCUCUUAAGCAGAAGAAUGCCGAGCUGCAGAAAGAACUUGCUGCUGCACGCGCAGAGAUCAAGGCUGGAGGUGGCGACGCGGCUGCUGUGGAGGCUGCGAGAGAAGAAGCUCGCACCCUCCUUGCGAAGAAUACCGCGCUAGAAAGGUCUCUCGAGAACACCCGCAAAGAUUUUGAAUUUACCCGGACUCAAUACCAGGAGGCAUCGAACAAAGCUGCAGAAUUUGCAAACCAGGUAACGGACUUGGAAGGAGAUGUUGCAAAACUGAGCCAGCAAGCUGGCACCGAGAAGCGGCGUCUGAAGGAGACCAACUACCAGAACAGCAUCAAGCAACAUCUCGCCAAGAUAGCCGAAAUGGAACUCGAACGCAAGUCGCGCGACACGCUUCUGCGAAAGCUGGAAGAGGAGAAUCGCCACUUGAGGCGAAACCGCGGCAUUCAGACUCGUGGGUCCAGUGUGCAACCGCCAGGCAGCCCAGGGCUGGACGGACACAGUGGCAGAGGUACGAGAAGUCGGCAGGGAAGCCCCGCGCCUGGGUUGUUUGCGAAUUCGCAUCAUAACAGCGUGGCGAGCAGAGGUAGCUUAUUGAGACACGAGCGGUAG